AAAAAUGUUCAUCAGGAAUCUCCGUAGGUCUUUUUUCUCAAAACUUGAAUUCAUGGCUUAGUUGAAGAGAGAUGUGAAAAAAUUUGAAAACAGCAAGAGUUUUGAUAAAAUAUUACCAAAAAAAUUUGAACUGAGUGAUCCAUAAUUUUCUUAAUCUGAUGAUGUCAAAACGCUAUCAUAGAGCAUUAGCGAUCCAAUUUAUGACUUAAUUGACCGAGGAGGAAAGAGAUGGAGACCAGCAUUUUGCUUUUUGAUUGCAGACUUAUUUAAACGAGCCCAUGAAGAAUUAUAUGAAGUAGCUGCAUUGGUUGAGUUGAUACAUAAUGCUACUUUAGUGGUUGAUGAUAUUGAGGAUGAUAGUUCUGUAAGAAGAAAUGAUAAAUGUGUUCAUAUUAAGUAUGGCUUAGACGUUGCAGUAAAUGCAGCUAAUUAUCUUUAUUUUGCUCCCUUACAUUAUUUCUUAAAUUCUGCAAACUACUCUAAUGAUUAAAAAAUGAAAAUGUUGGAAGUUAGUUUAAGUAAUAUGAAAAUUGUGCAUUUCGGUCAGGCUUGGGAUAUAUUUUGGCAUAAGUAGGUUUGUGAUAUCAUACCUACAGAGGAGUAGUAUUUGAAAAUGGCAUCAUACAAGACUGGUGCUCUUGCUCGCAUGGCAGCUCAAUUAUCAUGUAUUGUGUUGGAGAAAGAUGAAAAAAUUGGAAAAGCGUUGGCUGAAUUUGCUGUUUAAAUCGGGAUUGCUUUUCAAAUUUAGGAUGACAUUCUCAAUUUGAAUGGAGGUGAUAAAUAUAAGUAAACAAAGGGUUAUCUAGGUGAAGAUAUCCAUGAAGGAAAAUUCUCUCUUAUUGUAAUACAUAGUUUGAAACAAUAAAAAGGGAGAUUACUUGAAAUCUUAAAAUCUCGCACUUAAGAUUAAGAAACAAUCAAUGAAGCUAUUUCAAUAAUUAAAUAAACAGGAAGUCUAGAAUACGCCCAUAAAAGAUCUCUUGAGAUAAUUGAAGAUGCAUGGAAGGAAAUAGAGAAUUUAGAAUUUUAGUGUCCUGAGGCUAAAUCCAGAUUAAAGGACUUUGCUAAAUAUUUAAUAGAAAGGGAUUCCUGA